UUUUCACCUCGACCGUUAGAGACAAAUUUUACACCCACAUUUCACAGUCAAAAUAAGGUCAGGCCUAUUUGACAAAAAGUCUAGCUCAGUGUGUUCAGGGCGCGCUGAGGUUAGUUACAAGUUGAAGGUGCAUAACAUGGAGAACGAAGUGGUGGCUGAGAUCGACGUUGGACUGGAGGAGAUAAGAAAUGGGACAUCGGAAGGUAGGACAUCUCAAGUGGCCAAGGAAAAGGCUGAAAUCAUCCUCUCCAGUAUUCAAAGUGUCGUCACCUACGGCAUCGAUGAUCGACCACCUUGGUACUCGACCAUUGUACUUGCAUUUCAGCACUUUCUAACGGAUGUAGCCAGUCUGUUUUCAUUCCCGCUGAUCAUUGGUCAAGCGAUGUGUAUCCAAAAUGAUUUGUUGAUCACUUCUCAGCUUAUCUCAACUAUCUUCGUAGUAUCUGGAAUUCAGACGUUCCUACAAGCAACGUUCGGAAGCAGACUUCCUAUUGUCCAAGGUCCAUCGUUUGCUUUUCUUCUGCCUCUGUUUUCUCUCCUUAACCUACGAGGUCAAUGCCCAUCUGACCCAGCUACUGCAGGGAAUUCAACCAACCUAACCAUGCUAACGGAAAGCAGGCUUGAGUUUAGAGAUAGAAUGCAAGAAUUGCAGGGAGCGGUUCUGGUUGCUUCGUUUUACGAGAUAUUAGUGGGCUUCACGGGCAUAACAAGCAUUCUGUUGAAGUUCAUAGGACCUCUUACAAUAGCACCAACGAUUGGUCUUAUCGGUCUAUCACUCUUUAACGUGGCAUCUUCCAAUGCAAGUCAACACUGGGGCAUAUCAGCAAUGACCGUUUUUCUCAUUGCGUUGUUUUCCCAGUACUUGGAGAGAUUUCCAAUUCCUUGCCCUGGUCCUUCGAAGUCAAAAGGAAUUCGCAUUUUCAGGUUUCAUUUGUUUACAUUAUUCCCGGUUGUACUAAGCAUCAUGAUAGCAUGGUUAGUCUGUUAUAUUCUGACCUUGUUCGAUGUAUUUCCCGAGGACAGUAACGCGAUUGGAUACGCAGCUCGGACGGAUAUCAAAUCAACACAACUCGAGGAAACGCCUUGGUUUUAUGUACCAUACCCAGGUCAAUGGGGGCUACCCCGGAUAACCGGUCCUGGUGUUCUUGGAAUGAUAGCCGGAUGCACCGCCUCUAUCGUUGAAUCCAUUGGAGAUUACUUCGCAUGCGCAAAGCUGUCCGGUGCACCGCCCCCACCUCAUCACGCCAUGAACAGGGGAAUUGGAAUGGAAGGAAUUGGUGGCGUUAUCUCGGCUUUCUGGGGAACGGGCGUUGGAUCAACAUCGUACAGCCAAAAUAUCGGUACAAUUGGUAUAACCAAGGUCGGUAGUCGUUUUGUCGUUCAAGUCAUGGGCGUGUUGGUAAUCGUUCUUGGAUUAUGGCUUAAAGCCGCUGCUUUUCUGGCUACCAUCCCAACCCCAGUUAUUGGAGGCGUCAUGAUUGUCACAUAUGGGAUCGUGAGUGCCGUUGGUUUCAGCAAUCUGCAGUAUGUGGAUAUGAACUCCCCCAGGAACUUAUUCAUUCUUGGGUUCUCACUCUACAUGGGGACGGCUGUUCCCGCUUUUGUCAACAGCAACCAAGACAAAAUCAAUACAGGGUCGGAGGUUUUUGACGAAAUGCUGAUUAUAAUUCUUGGGACAAGCAUGUUUAUAGGAGGAGCCACUGGAUUUGUACUUGAUAACACAAUACCAGGGACUCCAGAAGUGAGGGGCCUUGUUCAGUUCCAUCACUUGCAAGGAAUGGAACCGGUCGAUUCUAAAGGUGCUCCGGAUGACAAUCCCUCAGACAAUAGUGACAACGCUCUUCAGAAGGAAAUCGCUACAUACGUCAACAAAUGCUACGACUUUCCAUUUGGUAUGCCAUUGGUCAAGAGUGUGAGUUGGACCAAGUACAUUCCGUUUUGUCCAACAUUUAGAGGAUACAGGGUGUCACUGCCUAAGUGCUUCUCAAAGAGGGAAAAGAAUGUGUGACUUUUUUUUUGUUACAUCAAAAGGCUUGAGGAUCAUAUU